AUGAAGUGGCAGGAUCGAAUCCCCGACACUGAUGUGCUGGAACGGACGGGAAUCCUCAGCAUCUACGCCAUACUGAGGCAAAUUCAGCUGCACUGGAGCGGCCACCUGGUGCGCAUGGACGACGAGCGACUACCCAAACGACUCUUCUAUGGAAACGUCGUGACGGGUUCUCGCCGUCAAGGAGGCCAGAUUCGCCGUUACAAGGAUACCCUGAAGUCCUCCCUAAAAUGCCUGUAA